AUGGUCGCAGGUCGUCCGUUCCAGCGCGCUCUCACAUUCCUUUUCAUGACAUUCCUUUUCCUGGACGCCCUAUGCGUGCCAAUGAAUGUGACUAUAGACGAUCAGGCCGGGGACGAAGUGACUGGUCUCAAGCCCAUCUACAGCCCUGCCGAGGAAUGGCAAGAGUUCAACUGUACUGAAUUUAAUGUCGCAGACGACCCAUGUAGCGCUCUUGACGGGACUUGGCACAACGCGACUGCCGGUAGCUUGUUUGAAGAGCCACCCUCAUUCACGAUCCAGUUCCAUGGUACUGCCAUUUGGAUUUCCAAUAUCAUCAAAGUCGGGACCUUUGCAUCGCUUUCAUUCACGCUCGACGACAAGGAUAUUACACUUGUUGCUCAAGGUUUGGACGCCAUUGGGACGGGAGACAGUGACUUCCAGUACAAUCAGACCGUCUUCACUAAGGAGGGCUUGAAGCAAGGCUUUCACACGGUGGUCGGGACGGUCUUGUUCAGCGACGGUCCUGUUUUAUUUGACUAUGCGGUAUACAUAUUUAGAACCUCUACUACCCAGCUCCACAAUAGGCUCUUGGAGCUCUUUGAGACCGUCGACCACACAGCCCGCACCGCAGUCUCCAUCCACCAUACCCACGUCACCCUCAGUCCCUCCGACAAGUCUAAUCACGCAAAGGACCUCAACUCCCACAAAUUCAACAUUAUCUCCUCUUCGCUUCUCCAUUUCGAUCACAUCGGCCCCACUGACUUCACCAUUGACUGUCUCCUCGUCGACUGCGCCAUCACCUACAUCAUCGCAGACAUCGGCUUCACCUUCCUUCGUACCAUCAGCAACAAUACCCUCAUCUGCUUCAUCGCACGCACAACGGACAUGACCGAGAUCCUAGACCGCGGCAGUGGGCCGAGCGCGAGUCCUGCUGUACUCUCACCGCCCAGUUUGGACCUCCCGAGCGUACUGGAUAUUCAUGCAGGAACGCGGACGCUCACCACAGGGGCUGCUGCUUCGCCGAGAUCAAGUAUAUCUGGAAUCAUGUCGAGUCUAAGGCGAGAGGAGGCCUUGCAGGAUAUCGCGGAUAGGUUGGGGCUAGAUAUGAAGAGCGCUGGACGACGGAAGGUUGUCGUGCGGAGACCGAGUUUCACACGGUUCUUCCGGAUUGGACGCCUAUAUUUGAUCUCGACUUCCGUCGCGGACGUAGUAAUUCUUCGUCGUGCUCUCUACCAUCCCACAGCCCUGCGCUCGCCAUCUCCGAUAUUCGCGAACAAGCCUCGAAGACUCCCUCCCUUCUUUAGACCCACGAUGCCUUCGGAAUCUGCGUGGCGCAAGAUUAUCGAAACAAACCCGAAGCGAGUGGUGGAGUUCUAUCAAGUCGGUCCGAAUCGCAAUCGCUGGGGGUAUACUGGACUUGAUAUUACCAUGUCCAUGCUCGCUAUGAAAGAGGUCGCCUGGGAAGGCGGAUCUUCCUGGAAAGCUCUUGUGGAUUAUGGUAUUGCAGAACAACUCUGCCUAGCCGCUAUCAAUCUCGAGAUGAAGUUUCCUGAAAAUCUGGAUACGACGGAACAGCAAAGACUAGCCGCCAGAGAAACAAUGGAAUCGUCUUAUCAUAUCCCUGUGGAGAUUCUCUAUAUGGGUGCUCAUCACCUGGAGAGUCCCCUUUCGUCGAGAGAUCAAAAAUUCAUUCUCUGUAUAAAGCGUUAUUGGACAGCAUUGACGGAUCAGAUGUGGCGGGACCCCCAGAGAAGCCUCCUCCCGGGACCAACACACGUGUUUGAGCGUGCAGUGUUUGCUUGGCUCCUAGCUGAAUUAAUGAGAAAGGAGCCGUCGUUUCUCAGCAUCAUCGAUUCGUGCGACGACAAAACUGUUCCACUUAUCUCCCGCUUUUGGAUGCACACGACCCAUGCACAUGACGCCGGUGGAGCUGCCGACUGCUUCUCCCUCGCGUUCGAUCCUGAUCCGCGCAAGGACAAUAUGGUCUACAAUUAUAGGCAGUCCCAUCCUGUCCCACCACAUGUCAUUCCCGCCUUCCUUCAAGGCAGCAAUUAUGUGCAGCCUGUAGCUUUCUCAUCACACUAA